ACUCCUCCAUGUUCUUCCAGUUUGGCCCAUCAAUUGAACAGCAAGCUUCUGUAAUGCUCAACAUCAUGGAAGAAUAUGACUGGUACAUCUUUUCUAUUGUGACUACCUAUUUUCCUGGCUACCAGGACUUUGUGAACAAGAUCCGCAGCACCAUCGAGAAUAGCUUCGUGGGCUGGGAACUGGAGGAAGUCCUCCUGCUGGACAUGUCCCUGGAUGAUGGAGAUUCCAAGAUCCAGAAUCAGCUCAAGAAACUCCAAAGCCCCAUCAUUCUUCUUUACUGUACUAAGGAAGAAGCCACCUACAUCUUUGAAGUGGCUAACUCAGUAGGGCUGACCGGCUAUGGCUACACAUGGAUUGUGCCCAGUCUGGUGGCAGGGGAUACUGACACAGUGCCCUCAGAGUUCCCUACUGGGCUUAUCUCUGUGUCAUACGAUGAGUGGGACUAUGGCCUCCCUGCCAGAGUGAGAGAUGGAAUUGCCAUAAUCACCACUGCUGCUUCCGACAUGCUAUCCGAGCACAGCUUCAUCCCUGAGCCCAAAAGCAGUUGUUACAACACCCAUGAGAAGAGAAUCUACCAGUCCAAUAUGCUAAAUAGGUAUCUGAUCAAUGUCACUUUUGAAGGGAGAAAUCUGUCCUUCAGUGAAGAUGGCUACCAGAUGCACCCGAAACUGGUGAUAAUCCUUCUGAACAAGGAGAGGAAGUGGGAGAGGGUGGGGAAGUGGAAAGACAAGUCCCUGCAGAUGAAAUACUAUGUGUGGCCCCGGAUGUGUCCUGAGACCGAAGAACAGGAAGAUGACCACUUGAGUAUUGUGACCCUGGAGGAGGCGCCAUUUGUCAUUGUGGAAAGUGUGGACCCACUGAGUGGAACCUGCAUGAGGAACACAGUCCCCUGCCAGAAACGCAUAGUCACUGAGAAUAAAACAGAUGAGGAGCCAGGUUACAUCAAAAAAUGCUGCAAGGGGUUCUGUAUUGACAUCCUUAAGAAAAUUUCUAAAUCUGUGAAGUUCACCUAUGACCUUUACCUGGUUACCAACGGCAAGCAUGGGAAGAAAAUCAAUGGAACCUGGAAUGGUAUGAUUGGAGAGGUGGUCAUGAAGAGGGCCUACAUGGCGGUGGGGUCACUCACCAUCAAUGAGGAGCGAUCGGAGGUGGUUGACUUCUCGGUGCCCUUCAUAGAGACAGGCAUCAGUGUCAUGGUGUCACGCAGCAAUGGGACUGUCUCACCUUCUGCCUUCUUAGAGCCCUUCAGUGCUGACGUGUGGGUGAUGAUGUUCGUGAUGCUGCUCAUUGUCUCAGCCGUGGCUGUCUUUGUCUUUGAGUACUUCAGCCCUGUGGGUUAUAACAGGUGCCUCGCUGAUGGCAGAGAGCCAGGAGGCCCCUCCUUCACCAUCGGCAAAGCUAUUUGGUUGCUCUGGGGUCUGGUGUUUAACAACUCCGUACCUGUGCAAAACCCAAAGGGGACCACAUCCAAGAUCAUGGUGUCGGUGUGGGCCUUCUUUGCCGUCAUCUUCCUGGCCAGCUACACUGCCAACUUAGCUGCCUUCAUGAUCCAAGAGGAAUAUGUGGACCAGGUUUCUGGCCUAAGCGACAAAAAGUUCCAGAGACCUAAUGACUUCUCACCCCCUUUCCGCUUUGGGACUGUGCCCAACGGCAGCACGGAGAGGAAUAUUCGCAAUAACUAUGCAGAAAUGCAUGCCUACAUGGGGAAGUUCAACCAGAGGGGUGUAGAUGAUGCACUGCUCUCCCUGAAAACUGGGAAACUGGAUGCCUUCAUCUAUGAUGCAGCAGUGCUGAACUAUAUGGCGGGCAGAGAUGAAGGCUGCAAGCUGGUGACUAUUGGCAGUGGGAAGGUCUUUGCUUCCACUGGUUAUGGCAUUGCCAUCCAAAAAGAUUCUGGGUGGAAGCGCCAGGUGGAUCUUGCGAUCCUGCAGCUCUUUGGAGAUGGGGAAAUGGAAGAACUGGAAGCUCUCUGGCUCACUGGCAUUUGCCAUAAUGAGAAGAAUGAGGUCAUGAGCAGCCAACUGGACAUUGACAACAUGGCAGGAGUCUUCUAUAUGUUGGGAGCGGCCAUGGCUCUCAGUCUCAUCACCUUCAUCUGCGAACACCUUUUCUAUUGGCAGUUCCGGCAUUGCUUUAUGGGUGUUUGUUCUGGCAAGCCUGGCAUGGUCUUCUCCAUCAGUAGAGGUAUCUACAGCUGCAUCCAUGGAGUGGCCAUCGAGGAGCGCCAGUCCGUGAUGAAUUCCCCCACUGCGACCAUGAACAACACACACUCCAACAUCCUGCGCCUGCUGCGCACCGCCAAGAACAUGGCGAACCUGUCGGGGGUGAAUGGCUCCCCGCAGAGUGCGCUGGACUUCAUACGGCGUGAGUCGUCCGUCUAUGAUAUCUCAGAGCACCGCCGCAGCUUCACACAUUCCGACUGCAAGUCCUACAACAACCCGCCCUGUGAGGAGAACCUUUUCAGUGACUACAUCAGUGAGGUGGAGAGAACAUUUGGGAACCUGCAGCUGAAGGACAGCAAUGUGUACCAAGACCACUACCACCAUCACCACCGGCCCCACAGCAUCGGCAGUGCCAGCUCUAUCGACGGUCUCUACGACUGUGACAACCCGCCCUUCACCACCCAGCCAAGGUCCAUCAGCAAGAAGCCCCUGGACAUCGGCCUGCCGUCCUCCAAGCACAGCCAGCUGAGUGACCUGUACGGCAAGUUCUCCUUCAAGAGCGACCGCUACAGUGGUCAUGAUGAUUUGAUCCGCUCCGACGUCUCGGACAUCUCCACCCACACAGUCACCUAUGGGAACAUCGAGGGCAAUGCUGCCAAGAGGCGCAAGCAGCAGUAUAAGGACAGCCUGAAGAAGCGGCCAGCGUCGGCCAAGUCCAGGCGGGAGUUUGAUGAGAUCGAGCUGGCCUACCGGCGCCGACCGCCCCGCUCCCCUGACCACAAGCGCUACUUCAGGGACAAGGAAGGGCUCCGGGACUUCUACCUGGACCAGUUCCGGACAAAGGAGAACUCACCCCACUGGGAGCACGUGGACCUGACCGACAUCUACAAGGAGCGGAGUGAUGACUUUAAGCGCGAUUCGGUCAGUGGUGGAGGGCCCUGUACCAACAGGUCCCACCUCAAACACACGACAGGCGACAAACACGGCGUGGUCAGUGGGGUACCGGCACCUUGGGAAAAGAACCUGACCAACGUGGAGUGGGAGGACCGGUCCGGGGGCAACUUCUGUCGCAGCUGCCCCUCCAAGCUGCACAACUACUCCACGACCGUGACAGGUCAGAACUCGGGCAGGCAGGCGUGCAUCCGGUGUGAGGCUUGCAAGAAAGCGGGUAACCUGUAUGACAUCAGCGAGGACAACUCCCUGCAGGAACUGGACCAGCCGGCUGCCCCAGUGGCGGUGACCUCGAAUGCCUCCACCACCAAGUACCCUCAGAGCCCGACCAAUUCCAAGGCCCAGAAGAAGAACCGGAACAAACUACGCCGGCAGCACUCCUACGACACCUUCGUGGAUCUGCAGAAGGAAGAAGCUGCCUUGGCCCCCCGCAGCGUUAGCCUGAAAGACAAAGGCCGGUUCAUGGAUGGCAGCCCCUACGCCCACAUGUUUGAGAUGCCAGCCGGUGAGAGCACCUUUGCCAACAACAAGUCCUCAGUGCCCACUGCCGGACACCACCACCACAACAACCCUGGCGGCGGCUACAUGCUCAGCAAGUCGCUCUACCCUGACCGGGUCACGCAAAACCCUUUCAUCCCCACUUUUGGGGACGACCAGUGCUUGCUCCAUGGCAGCAAAUCCUACUUCUUCAGGCAGCCCACGGUGGCGGGGGCGUCGAAAGCCAGGCCAGACUUCCGGGCCCUUGUCACCAACAAGCCGGUGGUCUCGGCCCUUCACGGGGCUGUGCCAGGCCGUUUCCAGAAGGACAUCUGUAUAGGGAACCAGUCCAACCCCUGUGUGCCUAACAACAAAAACCCCAGGGCUUUCAAUGGCUCCAGCAAUGGGCAUGUUUAUGAGAAACUUUCUAGUAUUGAGUCUGAUGUCUGAGUGAGGGAAGAGAGAGGUGAAGGUGGGUAUGGGAGGGUAAGGCUGUGGGUCGUGUGGUGCGCAUGUCACGGAGGGUGACGGGGGUGAACUUGGUUCCCAUUUGCUCCUUUCUUGUUGUUUUAAUUUAUUUAUGGGAUCCUGUAGUUCUGGUUCCGACUGAGGGCAACCCUGGUGACCAGCACCAUCUCUCCUCCUUUUCGCACUUCUCUUCCUCCUCCCCCGUCUGUCAGCCAUUCCCGUUCCCACGAGACGCUGUAGGGGGCCCCCUAGGCAGGGGAGGGUGGAGUGGAGCGGGAGAGAGGAAGUACCGCAUGUGAGCUUUCUUCCCGUGUGGAAAAGCUCCUUGCCACCGACUUGGAGGGAAGCUCGGAGAACCAAACGGUGGCCACGUGAGCACAGAGGUAGCUUCUCCCAAGCUGAAUUUUUUUGCUUAGGUGAGGAAGCAAAAGCAUCUAAGUGAGACCAUUUAGCAUAGUGCUUGGGAUUGAAAGAAGACUUUGGCUAAAUUCUUGCUGCUUAGAAGACAUCUGCCUAGGGAUUAUGUGCCAAGCAGAGGGUGGAGGCCAUGUGUGUUUAUAUAUAAGCCAAAAAAUGUUUGCUUCAACUUCAUGAGACUUGAGAGUAGUGAACUAGAAAAGGCUAUUGGUGGAGGAGUGGAUUCUUGAACAAACUGGAAAGUACAUUAAAACGGUGUGUUGGAGGCAAGAGCAGGUGAAUCGUGUGUGCAUGUAUGUCUACGUACACUUGCACACAUGUGUAGUCAGGUGCCUCUAAAUGUGUAGAAGGCAACCUUGACUCGCUAGGUCAUUUCUUUCACCACCCUUCAGCAGUGCACUUGUUUUGGCUUAUAUACAAACAGAGAUGGUCAUGUGUUACCUGAAUUUUGGUUGUCUCUCCCCUUCACCCUUCCUGAAUGAGGAUGGAAGUUCUUGACAAAGAAGAGUCUGUGGUCUAGACAAGAAAGGUGGCAGGCAAUCCUGCAAGAGCUAGGUACAAAAAUCAUUCCUCAGUGAUUGCCAAUUGUUACAAUCAGGUUAGGCCAAGAACUUUCCAGGAAGGAAGGCUAUAGAGAAACAUAAACAGCUGUGAUUCUUUUGCCCACACUGGAGAGCAAAAGAUUCUAUAAAGCUCUUCUGAGAUUUGACACCCUCAACUGGCCAAGGUUUGGGGAGGAGCUAAGUAAGGGUUUGAAGAAGAGAGGAGUUGUUUCUGGUAGGGUAAGUGAGAGAGGGGGAUGUUUCCAAUGCUUUGAUCCCUUCUUACUUAACCUGAUGCUGGAAGAGUGGGCUUCUUUCCCCAGAACUGAUUACAAUUGAUGUGGAAAAGACGGUUAAGAGAAAUGAGCUCGCCUCCAGGAGUACAGCUCAGGAGGCGAGGAGAGAAGGGGAGAGACUGGGAAGAGGGGGAAGGGAGAGGAGGAGGGGAAGGAUUCUCCGCUAUCCCUUUGGGCCUGGCUCCCUGGGAAUGUGACUUGAGCCCAGAGUGAACACUCUUGGUCGAGCCCUUCCACCUUCCUGUAACACCUCCUGUUCCUCUCAGCUUGUACCGUUCGAGAAUUUAAGAAAUAUAUGUGUAAAGCUCCAGGGAUGAGAAUGCUGGCCAACGUGAUGCCCCCUUCCCUUAAAGUUGGAAAACCGAGAAGGGAAAUGAAUAUUUGUCACCGCUGGUCCUGAAACUGGGGGUAGAGGGGUUCUGUGCGUCAGUUCCACUGUCCUGCCAUCCUCCGCUACACAGGGUGGCAUCCAAAGAGCCCCAGGUCUGUUUGGAAGCUUGACUGCAGGACCGCCAUGUUGCACACAGGACACACAAACCAGAAAGGUGCUCAUUCUCCUCUGGAAGGAAGCUGCCAUGUCUCUUCAAGUCACACCCUCCAGGGUUGCUCUUUGCCUUCCUGUUUGCCCUGACGCGUGACCCUUCCUUAUCCCCGCCCUUGACUGCUGUCCCUCACCCUCCUCCUUGAGUUUUACCUCAGUAUCUUUCAUUUUAAAGCCAACCGAAGGCCUUGUAAAGCUUUGUUUUCUUUCUAAAAUGAACGUGGGGGCAAGGGGCUGAACCUCUCACAGAUUUGGAGAGAGGAGCACGGAGUGCUUUACCUUAGAUUCAAGGAAAGACUUUGAGAGAGAGGACAGAGGGCGUGAGGCAUCUCCAGGAGGAAGAAGGCGAAGGGCCAUGUAAACAUCGCUUCAACCUGACUCUGUCCACGAGUCGGGCUCAUCCCCUCAUCUUCCUCUUACCUCACCCCUUAAAAAUAAAAAACCAAACCAACUAACCUAGCGAACAGCAAUCUAGAACCAAGGGGGCUCUUUCAGUCUCCACUGGCGACAGAAAUCAAGAUGGUGUUUAUUUCAUAUGUAAAUAUUUUGUUUUCUAAUUAAUUUUGUAUAGAUAAAGUGUUCUCUUGUGAGUAUUCAGGGUGUUGGGCUGGAGGGAGUGGGGUGGGGAUGGGAAUGAGGGGGAAAAAAGUGUUUUGUUAUGGGUUUUCAUUUUCCACUGGGGGAAUUGUUUUGUGUGGCUUUUGCUUCAGGGUAUCUGGAAAUAGUGUAUGCCAAUGGAGGCCACUUUGGUGAAAAAGCCAGGGGAAAGUAAUUUGUGUCCAUCCCCCUCAAACCAUCUUCUUACUGGUCUGUGAGAAAUGUUCAUGCACUUUGGCCUGGGAUUUGCAUGGGAUCUUGCUUUGACUCUAAGCAAACCCCAGGUCUAACUCCUGUCUUCUCGGUAGACCCUAGGUUAUCAGCAUUCCAUGUGAAGACAGGCUGGUGGCACCAUAUUUUCUCUGUCAGUACCUCGGGUAGGAAAGAGUCCCCAAAGAGCCUAAAACAGAAUAGAGGUCAAAUUAACCUCCCAUUCUUGGUGUGGCUGAAAGCUUUCAGGAAGCUCAAUCCUGAGAAAUCUCACAGCAGCCUCCUCUGAUGUUUAACAAGCAUCUCAGUCGUCAGACUCUUUUUUCCCCAGUACCCAGCACUUACCUGCUCCCUGCUAUACCCCCACCCUUAAAGGUCAGUCCUUCAAGCACACCUGGGGAAUUUCCACUGACUGUAAUUUUUGAAGCAUGAGGUACCUUGUUACAGAGAGGUAGCGCUGGAUAUGCGUCUUACAUGUUUGCAUGCUUUUCUGAAAAAGAUGACCAGGUCCACUCAAAACUCAGUGGCAAGAUGAUUCCCAUUGAAAGGCUGUUGAAGUGAGUUUUAGAGGUAAGAGGGUGGGUAUGCGAGGGAUGGUGCCAAUAGUGGCUCUUUAUUUGCCUUGCCUUCAUUACUGCCAUCAGGAAGGUGCUACUGGCCUUGAGCCAGGUGUUCAUAACCUGGCCUUGGGUAAACCAGACAAAUAGAAUUUCUUACACUAGACUGUUGGCUUUGUGGAGGUUGGCAACCUCUCUCUCUCUUUACCACAGGAUGAGAUUUUCAAAUCCAUUUACCCAGCAUAUUACGUUACAUUUUUUUUCCUAUCCUCCCAUCAUGAAAGCUGUCAGCUGGAUAAUUUCAUUUUUCUAAACCCCUUAUUUGGCCCCUAUUGAUGACUUUUUCUUCAACUGAAUAUUUCUAUUGGAACCAAGUGAGAUAUUCAUGGUCUGCUCAAGAAAGCUUAAAGAAAGGAAGGAUAAAGCAUUGUUAAUUUCUAGAUGUUGCUUAAUUCCAGAAUAGCAAGCCAGUAAAAUGCACGAGGAAUAAUUCAGCUGUAAGCUCAAGCUAUAUCGCAGAUGGGGAUGAACAAAUACCCAAUCCAUCUAAAACUGUGAGAUUCUACAGAUAUCCUCAGGAGCACCUAAUAUUACCGCUUUCUUCAGAAACCAUGCUUUCUCUCUUUGUACCCUCUAUCGUUCCCUUCCAUGGCAGAAUUGGUUGGUGGGUGUGGUCCUAUAUCACUCCUUUCAGUGGCAGUGCUUAAAUCUCAGCAUUUCCAGUGACCACAAUAAUCUGACUCUUGAAUUUGCUUGAGUCAAAAAUGUGCACACCCCUCAAAGUGAUGCAUGUACAGUUGACCUUGUUAAUCCAAAGUGUGUCACUGUGUAUCCUCAGCCAGAACUUGGGAGACAUCCUUAAUGUGUAUUCCCUGUACCGGCCACAGCCAUGUUGUG